AUUGUCGCGGACCGAUGCUCUCGAAGAUAUUUCCAACUGGAGUAUCGAUGAUGUGUUGUGUCUGCUUCGAAAGAUGACCUACUGAAUGUCUAUUUACAAGAGAUAAAAGUUCGUCGAUGUUACUGUUAGUUGAUAAAGAUUGACAUAGAUAAAUUGUAUACAAAUAUUUUAACUGUGUGUCAGUAAAAAACAAUAGUAAAUAUUCAGAAGAAGAACGGCCUGGAGGAAUGUUGCAAAACGAUCGCAAAACGAAAGAUCAAUGGAGACGAGUUAUUGCGACGAAAUGGUACAGAAGAAUAAUCGAUCGACGUAAGACGCAUGAAUUUAACCGGUGAUUCCUCAAACCGCGGUGUAAAAAAAGAAAAUCAAGAGAAGAAAAUCAAAAGAAGAAAGUAUAAUCUCACCAUACCCUACGUAAAUUAUCACUUGACGGAAGGGAAGCUGGCGCUGUGGAAGAGUGACCUCACGCGUCCAUUGAUAUGGAGUUUGUGGACAUUCGUGGAGGAAGUGAAGAAAAUGCCUGAGAAAUUUGUGGAAGAGAAGAUCCUCGAAUCACAGGCGAACGAGGAUCACCUGAGUGACACCGGUUCCUGGGGAACCGACUUCGAGGAUGAAACCAACGAAGAAAGUGCCUUGCAAGAGUCUCCUAAGGUCAUUCAGUCGAACCUGGAUCUAAGAAACAAGCCGAAAUUACCUCGAAACAAUGCAAACUCUAAACAAGAUACGCGAACGGAAGAAAUCUUAAGGCAGGAGGAAGAGGGAACCUAUGCAAAUUGUGGUUCUUUGCAAAAUGACGAAAGCACGUACGCGAAUUUCGAGGAGGCGAAAGUUCCACCAAAAAAUACAUCUAGACUCCAUUCAAUGCAGACUGAGAAAUCUUUGGCUGAACAGCUUAAAGAGCAGUUGAAACUACGGAAUACGAAAAAGCCUAUGGCAGGGCCGAAACCUGAAUUGUUGCAAUCGAGGAGAAUCGAAAUGGCGUCUCCAGGGCAUACUCAGCCGCAAAAAUCAUUUUUACAUAAUGCUUCGAUGUUGAAACCAAAUACUCCUAGUCAAAAGAGAAUGUCUGUUCCGCCGCCACCCGAGCCAAAAAAGAACAACGAUCAAACGAUGAUCUUAGAAAAACCGAAUAAAGAACAAACGAAACCUCCAGCUGUACUUAGAAAUCUUGAUCUGGUUGCCAAUUUGCCAACUCGAACGGAAGAGAGCGAGGAUGAGUACGAGGCAUUCGAUGAGCAAAUUAUAGAGCAGCAUCAAAGGAAGAACAUGUUGAGGGUAGAUAGCAAACAAUCGCUAACCAGUGGACAUCGAAGUUCUGUGGAAAGCGUUUAUCAACCGGCUAGCAUUACCAGCUACGAAGAGGAAGAGGAGCAAUAUGAAAUUUAUGAGUCGAUUACGGAAACACCGGACGAUAGUGGCUACAAUUCAAAUCCUGUUCAAAGGACGACAGACAUAAGAACACCACCGCCUCUACCAGCGAAACCGCCUCAGUCAUCAGCUAGUCCUUCUCCGAUUUUAAAUCGGACGAACUCUGAGAAAUCAAAGGAACGGUCUCCGGAGAAGAAAUCAGCGACGCUACCUCAUUCUAACAGCAAUACCUCAUUGUCAUCGGAAAGAGCGACCAGACCGCUUCCACCGCCGCCUGAGAGGCAAUCCUACCUUGAGAAGCCUUGGUUCCACAAUAUCAGCAGAGAACAGGCAACUGCUCUUAUUAAAGAACAAAGUAUUUAUGGUAACCCACAAGAUGGAUAUUUCCUAAUAAGACCGUCUGUGACCAAUGUGAACAAUCCAUUGGCUUUGGUGCUCUGGUACAAGGAUAAGGUUUACAAUGUUCCUGUAAGAAAGAGGCCAGACAAUAGGUACGCGUUAGGCUCGGCAAAAGUAAACGAGCAGUCGUUCUCCAGCGUAGAGGAGAUCGUAAUGUUCUAUUCAAGAGAGGAGUUGGUACUUCACAGUGGUGGUGUGCAAAUGGGCAGUACGAAAUUAACCGAUACACCGGCCAAAUAAAAAUUUUCCAAGGUCCUAUCAACCAGCUUGCUCAAUGCAAACACUGCCUGAUCAAAAAUAUUAGAGGAGUUAGUUUUGCACGAGUGCCUUUAUAACGAUAGUGAAUCAACACGAACUUAGUUUUGUACAUUUCUUUUUUAUAAGAUUUAUAAAUGCAUUUAUUCGAGCAUAGAAGAAAUGUUUAUCGGAAGACGGAUUUUUCAAAUACGUGUAUAUUUUUAAUAUAAACAUUUAUAUACUGCAGUGUUAAAUCUCGAUAUACAAUGAAUAUUUUACUUUUGUAAUAACAGUCAAUUUAUACAUAUAUCAACAAAUGAUUUACUAGUUUUAUACAUAUACCCCUUUUUGUAUUAGUUGUUUAAAAUUUGAAUAAGUGAAAUUAGAAAUUAGUUGUAUACUGCCAAUUUGUAAAUAAGAGUCCUUAAGUUUAUUCUUUACACGAAAUUUUUGUACUAUGUUGUUUGAUUUAUUAUGAUUUUAAGUGUAUAACAUAAUAAAUAGUACAAAAUAUCUAUUAGUGUUCUCUGAACAGUUCUACAUGUGUUGAAUGUUUUAAUUGUAAGAGUUGAGUAUUUCAGAUAAGCAAUAACAUAUGCUUGGAAGAAAUUCGUAUGUAAUUUACGCUCUUUCUUUCUCGUUCAUUAAUUACAAUAUGAUAGAUAAUAAUAAAUACGAAUCUAAGUUUAAGAUUCGACCAUUUGAACUUAUCUUAUAAACUGUGUUCAACAGUUGAUAACGAUAUUACGAAUUAAGUAAAUACUCUUUUAAUUCGAUAUCUGUACACAGUUAGUUGUACAUUAAUAAGUGAUUGUAUUAGACCACGAUAAUACAAUC